AUGAAGAAUCUAUGCACAGUCCACUGCCCACAUACCUCCAAUCCAUUUGAAGAGGACAUGACGAUCAAUUUUGGAUCUAUGAGCACAAGAACUAGACUUACUACUAACUCAAAUGAAUCUUAUUAUGGCUAUGGUCAUGUCAUGUCUGAUUAUAGUGGAACUAGUUAUGGAGCUCAAGAUGAUGAAACAGAUUAUGGACCUACUAGUUGGGUUAAUCCUAACUAUCCUGGGAGGACAGUAGGGAGCUCGAGAGAGACUUAUGUGCACCAUGUUCUAACAUGA